UCAUAACAGGAGAGUUUCCAACCACUGGGAUAUACUACGCUAGUGACAGCUGACAGUUGUGUCCAUUGAUCGAUAUUUUCUUGCUUCACCUUCAGUACAUCCUGUUCCAGUUUUGACAAAAAAUGAUUUAAAAUCCCACAAAAACCAAGAAAAAUGUAUGACAUGUAUGUAUAAACGAUCCUAAAGCAGUGUUCAACCCCGCUAAUUCACAAAUCAGCAAAAUGACAUACGACAUCGAAUGCUACAUAGGCAACUUGCCUACAGAAGUGUUGCAGUUUAUUUUCUCGUUACUAAGUGCGCAAGACUUUACGGCAUGCCGCCGAGUAUGCUCAAGGUGGAAGAUGAUAGUCGACAGGAUGUCCCGAAGCGACCAUUUAUGGCAAUCGCACUGCAGACGGGACUUUAGGAACAUCUAUAAGAUAGCCCGAAUCAAAGCGCGACCUGGUGUCUUAUGGUUCCAUAUUUACCGAUCGUUGUCUCUUUGGUCGAAGCUCUCGCAGGCCAAAGAGCAGCGAGAUGAGUUCGCAGCAGCUUCCGGUAUUAGUGAGGAAAUACAAAAUUUCAAAAUACUUCGAGACGGCAUCAUUGGAGUUCACAAAAAGGGAGCCAUAGUGUACUAUGAUAUUGAUACUUUGGAGAAAUCGAAACGCUCAAGCAUUACCGGUGAUUAUUUAAGAUAUACGGAAAACGAAGAUUAUAUUAUCAUACUCAGCUACCAUCUGCAUUUGUUUAUUAUCAGGAAAGCAAUCCAAAAACCUAAAUAUGAAACAAAUGUCACAUUUGACAAUGUGAAGUCAUUUAUAUUGGCAAAAAACAAAGUAUACUAUGUCACAUUAGAAGACCAGCUAUAUGUAUGCCCGUUAGAGGAUGGUGAUCUUAGAGAGCAGUAUAUAACCAACUCAACGGACGAAGUCAUGUGCCUAGGUUUUACAGAUAUGCUCCAUGUAUUAACGUUCCAACGAAACAUUUACACUGUAGUUAACGAUAAUGACCUCCACUUCAGCUGUAGUAUUGAUUCCGACUCGAACCUGCUGCACCAACUAAGGGGAUACAACUUUUUAGAACAUAUGGAUUGGCGAGUCUACAUCCAGUGGAUGUACGUCCUGAACCACACCAUUCCUGAAGGCCCGUUGCGUGACAUAGUAGUUGUCCGGGUAUAUGGUGAUGUCGCAUUUGUUGGUUGCAACUGGGGUGUGCUACGUAUCUACUAUGCACCAUACACUGGUGACGGAGAAUUUGAUUUGUUCAACUCAGAACCGGUGAAACAGUAUAACUUCAUGGAGAGAUACGACUGCCCAGUGUUAUCAAUGUGUCCGAUCAUACAGAUUGACAUUAUGGAAGGAGAAGCUGGACAUACGGUGAUUGUGGCAAUGCCGAAGAAGAUUGCAGUGUUGGAGUUUACACACGGUUUCAAACGAACCGCCUCAGUGGCUAUGCUUGUGGGUCAAAAAAAUACACUUUAAUUUUCUUUAAGGUUGUCACGGAAGGCUUGACUAGCCAAGCUGAGCUAGUUAGCUAAACACUGUUUGAAACUAUGUUUUAAGUUUGAUUUCUCAUCCACUAUUGUUUGACUAGUAUAACUUUAUAUCCAUAAAGUAAUACAGGGUGUCUCAGAAACAGUGAAAGAAGAACUGAAGCGCCAUUCUAAUGCCAUCUACACAAGUAUAGGCCAAAGGUGUGGCACCAUCUAUUUUGAGCAUAACUUUUUCUUGAUUUCCGAGGCAUGUUACGUAUUAUGUCUUUGGCGACACCAAGUAUAAUGUGCAGACAUAGGGAUCUGUCGUACAAAAUAUCCAUAAAAUCGAAUAUUUAUUAUUUAUUUAUUUAUUAUAGCCCUUUAUUCCAUAAGAAGUUUUAUAUGGUUUUUGUAUUUGUAAUUUAAAUGUUAUCUUCUAUAUGGAUCCCUCUUUGGGUGUAGGCCUCCUCCAAUUUUAUCCAAUCAUCUCUCUGCUUCGCUUUCUCCAUCCAUUGUUUUCCAGCUGUAUGGAUCGAAUAUUUAGUAUUCAGGAAUAUUUUUAGGCAAGCAAAAUUUAAAAAAAUUAAAAAGCUUUGAAAUCUUUAAA